CAGUGCUGUUGCUAGCUGGGUUAACUAACUAGUUACGGAGCAGUUGGCAUUGUUAGUUAUAAGUUACGAGCUAAGCCCCCCGCACGCUAAUAGCGGGAGGGGAGGAACCUCUAACCUGUUGAGAAAUGCUAUUUUGAUAUUUUGACCUCUAACCUGAACCUGUGUAGUUAGUUACAUUAUUGUAGGCACAGACACAAGCGAGGCGGAUUCAAUCAUCUUCGAGCCUGAGUCUUGCUGGGCAGAAUCUAGAGUGAUAUUUUCGAAUGGACAGAGUAUCGUAUCGUGCCUAAAUCCUUGGACCUUUAACUUGUCUUCUACUGCGUAGGGACAUGAUAAGCCACCCCCUGGGGUCACCUGGAAGCAGAAGUGUUCGGGCAGCUUGUUAUUUUGGUCUUGUUGGCCGAGUGGUUAACAUACGCACGGCGACAAUGCUCACACGAUCACCUUGAAAUUAACAAGACGAAGCUGCGGAAUCUCCGAGAAAUGAUCAUUAACUAUAUCUACGAACCAACUAGGGCCAAAUAAGUUAGCGGAAAGCCAAAUAUAUCAGCGGAAAAACUAAAAGAAAACUACCCUGGGAGCAAAUCGACCGUGGAUAAACGAGGGACAACUCCAGCUAACCCUGGUUUGUUGAAUUAACCUUCUUUGCUCUGCAUAACGCAUAUAAUGUUUUGUUACUUGCGCAGCCAUCCCCAUACAGAUGAAGUUACAUAAAGUGGCCGUCCCAGAUUGAUACAUGUACAUGUCCUCAGGAGUCUUUUACCCAGCAUCCUGAACUCGCCUCAGAAAAGUCCCUAAACCUCCGUGGGCCCUUCCCAGUCACUUUUUCAACAUCAUCAUUCAUCCGAUCCUCCUCCCCAUUUUUAAUAUUUGUCUCUAGAACCGCCAACAUCUGCGCAUAAUCCUGCGGUAUCCCAAGAGUUGAUUCCAUCCUGGCUGCCAAUUCAGCUUCAGAAAGCUUAACAUGAGCGAUCGUCCUACCGAGCACGGAAGACAGGAUAUCUGCCAAGUCAUCGUAGGACAACAGCUCUGGGCCCAGGAUGAGAUGUUCAGUGUUAUGCGGACGGGCAUCCGUUAAGGCGCGGAACGCAACUCGUGCAAUGUCCUCUGCGGAGACGAAUGGGACUCUCCCCUCCCCCGUUGCGGAAUAGAUCUUGCUCUCCUCCUUGAUAGAUAGGAGAUGUUGGCCUUCUGAGAAGUUUUCUGUUAUAAUAUCAUAUGCCGGUCAGUUCAGUCGGAUAUAUCUCCAAAUAUUGGGCAUAUGAUAAUUGCAUACCCAUAAACCAACUCGGGCGCAGAGCUGCCCACUCAAUUCCGCCCUCCGCCUCCGCCUCCGCCUCCGCCUCCUUUACUCCAUUCUCCUCUAGACCGGCCAAAUAAUCAUGCACCUGCCCCAUCGCAAACCCACCCCUUUCAAGCACGCUAGAACUAAGCAACACAAAUCUUCUCACCCCCCUCCCCCUUGCGAAAUCGAUGAACCUUUUCAUCAGUGGGACCAUGUCCAGAAUGGGCGGGCCGACGAUGUAUACUCCCGUGAUGGGGCUGGAACUGUAUUGGAAUUCGGUCCUGACUGCUGAUGCUGAUGCUGAUGUCGAGACCGCAUUAAACGGCUGUGCCCAGGUAGAUUCAUCGAACCAGUCGAACUUGACAUGUUUGUACGGGCUUGAUGGGGAGCUGGUGCGGGAUGCGACAAGGAAAGGGACCUCUGGGGCGCAGGUGGAGAGGAUGGAGGCGAGGCGACGGGUGGUUUUGCCGCGUCCGCCGAGGAGGAGGAUUGUCAUGUUAUAUUGAUUUUUGGUCUAUGAUAUAUAUAUCUAUAUAUAAAUUGUUUUUUGUAUGGGUUUUUCAGACCUAUGAUGUAGGUUCUAGGGGGAUGGUGACGCUGUACGCACGAGUAGCUGGUAGACUCCCCGCUUGUUGGUGCUCUUAUUCUUUAAUUUGCAACGGCUAUGACGGGGUCAUUGGGCUCAAUGGUUCUCGUGCUGCUGCCGGUUAGCCUGAUGUUUAAACUUCUCAAAACGACCUGGGCAUCUGAUAGUAUUUAUGCUUGCGCGAUAUGUACAUGUACGUCACACCCCUAAUUGACCCACGCAGCCCAAUUACGAUGGCACAAUGUAUGCAACUCUAUCAUCAAAGCAACCCACCCUGUCAAACCUCUAUUAUAGCUCCUAAUAGUCCUAACAACACGAGUAUUUGUGUAAAAAAAAAAGAGAAUUUGUGAGCUUGGAUUGCGUUUUUUUUCAAGUCUCGCUAAAAUCCGGCGCCAAACCCCCUUAAAUCCGAGCUCUUUCAAAUCCGAAAAAAAAGGACGAUGCCAACAUUCCCUGGACUUAAAGAAGUUAAGAACUUAAUAUCCAACAUGCACGGGUUUAACGCGGAGAGAUAAUCAUUCCGGUAUUUUAACUACUGUUGAUGGUGAUUACUUUGAAAUUGAAAAGCAGGACGUGGAUAGGGUUUCUAAAGGAGAUAGCUGCGGCUUGUGAAGUAAACCACAGAUAUACACGUACAUCGUAAAUGUCAGGGUCCAGGUCCCAGGUGAGAUCUUUGUUCCAUAUAAAAAUCGCCGUAGGUUCCGCCCCUAAAUGAACAAACAUAUCGUAAAGAAUUACGUUUUGGAGUCUGCAGAAGGACUAUUUCGACAUCAGCUACUCUACAGGGAAAAGAAAGAAAGACAAAGCCAUGGCCAACUAUCCGGCCGUCGACUAUCUCCUAGAUAGGGCAAAUAUCCACGAUGUCAUCACGAAGAUGAGUUAUUACGUCGACACACGUCAAUGGGACAAGCUCGCCGACGAAGUGUUCAUCCCAACCGAUCUCAUCAUCGACUAUUCGAAAUGUUUCGGCGUCGAACCGACGCAGACGACGGCGAGGGAGAUAGCCACGAAUUGGAAACAGCUCAUGGAUAAGGUGGAUGCGGCGCAGCAUAUUCCAAGUGCUAUACUCAUCACCCUUCCCCAACCAGGAACAGAAACGGUUGAACCCCGAACGGCCUUUGCCACUUGCAACGGUGCCGUGACGCUGGUCAAGAAAGAUGCUGAUGGUGGACCACUUGUCUCCAACGGGGGCCGAUAUGACCUUGAAUUGAAGCGGGUAUCAUCCCGAGAUUCAGGGGCAGGGAAUCCGUGGCGGAUCACGAAGCUUGUAGCGAAUUUGGCGUGGGUUGAGGGGAAUAUGAAAUUGUUGCCGUAUGGUGAGUUAAGGGAAGAGCAAAAAACGAAAUGACUUGGGGGGAAAAUAUGUGCUAGGUACUUCUGUAGAUGCAUACAUGCAGGUGGACAAACGCGCGCAUUUAAACAUCGUUGGUGUAUCUCGCUCUAACACUUGAGAGCGAGGGUAUUGUCCUGAAAGAAAUAGAGGUUGUAUGGGCCGCACGCUCAUAUGAUGAAGAGGAUUUCUCUCUUGCUCGACACAAUAGCUAGUAUUCAAUAAAUUGUCUUGGUUUUCAGACACAGACAUUCAAGGAUAUUGGUCCUGGAGCGUCGGAACAUGUGUAUAUAGCUUCGUUGCACUUGUUCUGCUGAAGAACGUGUGACGUAGUGAUGUACGCAUGCAUGGCGCCCGAUGCACACAGCAUUUAUUUAAACUUCUCGGAAAAUUAACAGAGCUCGUUUGUCAUUUGUCGUUGUACUGCACUGUACCUGCAGACAACCCCUUCUGCAAGAUUGAAAAGCAGCAUAUGUUGAGCACAUCCAUAUGCAAAGACUCAGUCCAAAUGUACCCAGAUAGUUGCGUGCGGGGAACUGGAGAUAUAUAUGUUGGGUACUUUUAUCAG